AUGGAUGUCGCCGGAGCCGGUAAAUCUCUCACCGGAAGUUCCACAACCGACGACCGUUUGCCGGAACUCAAGUCCUUCGAUGACUCCAAAGCUGGCGUCAAGGGUCUAGUUGACUCCGACAUCACCAGACUCCCGCGAAUUUUCAUCAUGCCGCCAGAGGACCUCACCGCCGCCGGCGAGCCACCGCAGAUCCAGUUCAGGAUCCCCCUGAUCAACCUCGAAGGCGUCGCUCGACAACGCGCUGACGUUAUCGCCGGAGUCCGGGAUGCGGCGGAAACGGUAGGGUUUUUCCAGGUGGUGAAUCAUGGAAUACCAGUAAAACUGUUGGAGGAGAUGGUUGCGGCGGCGCGUGAGUUCCACGAGCUGCCACAAGAGUUGAAGGCUGAGUAUUACACUAGGGAGCUGAUGAAGAAGGUGAAGUAUGUGAGCAACUUUGAUUUGUAUCAAUCAAAACAUGCUAACUGGAGGGAUACACUGUUCUGUGUGAUGGGUCCUGAACCUCUUGAUCCACAAGAAUUGCCUGCUGUAUGCAGGGAUGUAACAGUGGAAUACUCUAGGGAAGUUCAGGCAUUGGGGAAGCUUUUGUUUGAAUUAUUGUCAGAAGCACUAGGACUCAAGCCUGAGCAUCUUGAAAGGAUGGAUUGUGCAAAAGGCCACACAAUUCUUAGUCACUAUUAUCCAACAUGUCCUGAACCUGAACUGACUAUGGGCACUACCAGACAUUGUGAUCCUGAUUUCCUUACGAUUCUGCUUCAAGAUCACAUUGGUGGGCUCCAAGUUUUGAGCUAUGGGCAGUGGGUUGAUGUUCCUCCUGUUCCUGGAGCUCUAGUAGUGAACAUUGGAGAUCGGCUACAACUAAUAUCCAAUGACAGAUUCAAAAGCGUGGAGCACCGUGUUCUUGCAAACCAUAGAGGGCCUAGAGUAUCAGUGGCAUGCUUUUUCACUCUCCAUCUGUAUCCAACAACAAGAAUGUAUGGCCUCAUCAAGGAAUUAUUGUCAGAAGAGAACCCCCCAGUUUAUAGGGAAACAUUGCUGAAAGAUUUCAUUGCUUACUAUGAUAACAAAGGACUCGAUGGGAAAUCAGCUCUUGCCCAUUUUCGGUUACAGCAGUGA